AUGAAGAUGUCGAUGCGUACCUUCCUGUUUCUUUCACUCCUCACUGCUGUCGCCUUUACAACUGAGGCUUCAGUGGUGGACUUCUGCGUCGCGGACCCAAGUUUGCCUAAUGGACCAGCAGGUUUCUCUUGCAAAAAUCCGUCUCAAGUGGUUGCCAAGGAUUUCUUUUACUCCUUGGCUGCUAAAGGCAACACUGACAACGUCUUCCGGUCAAUGGUGACCCCUGCUUUUGCUCCCGUUUUUGCUGGUGUGAACGGUCUGGGAAUCUCCUUUGCCCGGGUGGAUAUAGAGGUGCGCGGUGUAGUACCAUUUCACACUCACCCUGGAGCCUCAGAGAUCAUUCUUGUGACACAAGGAAUUAUCAAAGUCGGCUUCGUGGCUUCUAGCGACAAUCGAGUCUAUAUCCAAACUCUCAGGAAUGGUGAUAUCUUUGUUUUUCCACAGGGAUUGCUGCAUUUCCAAAUCAACAUUGGUAAGAUACCUGCAGUGGUUUAUGCAAGCUUUGGCAGCGACAACCCGCGUAUCCAGAUAGUAGACUCGGCCUGGUUCCAGAAUGAUUUGCCGACUCCAAUUGUGGCCAACACCACAUUGCUUGCUAUCAGAGAAGUCAAGAGGCUUAAGAAGUUGUUUGGUGGAACUAAUUAA